AUGUCUUCUGAUCUUGAAUCGGUCUUCGCCGAGUUGGGUUUGUCCCAAUAUCUCGGCGCCUUCGUUGAGCAAGGGUUUGAUGAGUGGGAUAUUAUCCUCGACAUACAAGAGUCGGAUCUAGAUGCACUGGGCGUCAAGCUUGGCCACCGUAGGAAACUUCAAAGAAGAAUAGCCAAUGCCCGGGGUAUAUCUCCAUCAGCGUCUCUGGCGACCCCUGCAAGGCCAACAAGCGAAGAAGUCAAGUCUGAAAGUGUACAACCCGAGCCUAGUCGGACAGAAACACCCCCAGAGGGACAUGGUGUCGCGAAACGAAAAUACCGACGUCAUCCUAAGCCUGACGAAAAUGCCCCUGAGCGGCCCCCCUCGGCUUAUGUGCUGUUCUCUAAUAAAAUGAGAGAAGACUUGAGGAGUCAAAAUCUCACAUUUACAGAAAUUGCCAAGCUGGUAGGGGAAAACUGGCAAAAUCUGAAUGCUAGUGAAAAGGAAGCGUACGAGAGCCAAGCAAAUGCAGACAAGGAAAAAUACCACCGAGACUUGGUGGAGUAUAAGAAGACGGCCGACUACCGUAAAUACAUGCAAUAUUUGCACGAGUUCAAGGAGAAGCAAGCCAAACGAACUCAAGCCGAUUCUUCCAAGAGGACCAAACUGGACCCUAUUCGGCUGCGCCAUAGCAGCAGCAGCAGCAGCACCAUGACGCCCGGCAACACGCCAAGUGGAAGUGGCAGUGAAAGGUUACAGGGGAGCGAGCCACCGCCUUGUUACCGGGAAAGGUUGAAUUCGAUCGCAUCGGUAGCCGAGUCACAGCAUUCGUCGACAACACCAACACUCCUAUCGCAAGCCAACUCGAAUGAUGACACUAUGUCAUCUCCCCGGGGCAACCAUUUCGAUGCCGGCAGUCCUCGAGAGCCUAUCCAUCAAACUUCCACGCGCCAGCAGCCUUGGCGAGAUGGUUGCCGUGGAGCGGAAACAUCUCAGCAACAGCAUCUUCCGUCUUUGUCCAAUAUGCUCGAGGAUGGAAGGAAAGGUAUGCCCAUAUCAUCGGGCUCCGAAGGAAAUCCGUAUUCGAGUGGUUUCGUCGCUGCGAAUCAUCCAAGAUCAGUACCUGAGGUGCCAAACGUCCUCCCAUCGGCUCCGUCCAAAGUCCCGCUCCUUCGACACGAACCGUCCUCAACCAGCAGCGUGGGAUCAAUCAGCCCAGCAGGAAGUUUUGCACGAACACCUGGCGAAGGCCCACUGCCGAUUCACGCUCUACUCUCCCACCACCAGACGCUGCCGACCCCAAUUGCUGCUGCUAACGCGGGGAUGUUCGAACGAAGUUCUUCUGUUUCUGGUUUCGGAACAACUCCCAGCCCGACGGACCCUGCACCGCUUGCGAGGCCAUCGUUUCGUCAUGGCGUAGUGCCCAGAGGAUAUGGCUCUCAACCUCUGCCGCCUACUGGCCCCCCAGCCAGACACGAUGAAUACACGACAGACGGUGACGUACCGAUGACACAAGCGCCCGAUUUCAUUACUUCAAUUGAAGAGCGGCCUCUGCGACCUCGCUUGGAUGGUAUGAGUGUCUUGCUGAGAGCAGGCGAGUUCGUCGCCAAGAAUGAACGAGACGAACAGCGCUAA